UGGCGGACCAAAUUGCUUGGAGCAAUGCAAAAACAAAGAGAGAAACAACAGUAGAGAGUGGACAGAAAAAGAGAAUGGAGAGGAUAUGAGUUCCAUUGCCCAGAUCAAUAUCUUAAUGGCCUUUACGGCCACGGUUAACAAGUUGGCCUCCUCUAAUGCGCGUGCAGUUCCCCGAGGAGGUGGAGGACGAGGACGAGGACGAGGACGAGAAGACCGCCGGCGAACAAAUCCCAACAGAAGCUCCUCCGCCACCGACUUCGGCCGGCGGUGCCUCCUCCUUGCAGCGUCAGUCGUCGCCGCCCCACAGCCCACCGAUUCCCGCACCGAACUCCUCAAGAGGUACCUGAAGAAGUCAGAGGACAACAGAGCUAAAAAUGACAAAGAGAGAUUGGAAAGUUACUACAAAAGGAAUUACAAGGAUUAUUUUGACUUCGUGGAGGGAUCAUUGAAGGGGAAGAAUGAGCAGCAGCUCUCUGAGUCCGAGAAGGGCAUCCUCGAUUGGCUUAAAACUAACAAGUAAUCGAGCCGGAAAAAAAAAAUGCAAAGUAAAAUUAAUUAGCCGUAACAUGGUUGUGCAGCUAAGUAAAUUUUGUUAGCAUAGAGAGCUUAUCUAUUUUGCCGAUACGAUGAAGCAUUUGCUCUUGUUGGACGUUGCAUACUUGAUGGUUGUUAUGCUUUUUCAAUACUUCAUUGCAAUUUGCAAUAACUUAUUCUUUGAGAGAUUUAA